AUGGAUCUACUGGAUCAGAUUGCAGUAUAUCGAGGUUGCGAACCAUCUGUUAUUAUUAGUUAUGUUGCAGUCGUCAGGGAAGUGUACUUGCAUGCAUGCACUAAUCUCAAGAAAGAAGAUGUUAACACGCAAGAAAGGAAAAGGCAAUUGUUAGAACAAUGGCGGCAAAUUGAAAAACAUUUUGCUAAAAUUAAAUAUGCAAUGUUAGAUUGUUGGCCUGUGGGUAAUGAACCCGAUCUGAUGGCUGCCUAUGUUUCCAUUGCACUAUUAUAUUCGUUGUACAAAGAUGUAUCUGAUGAGAAGAUUAUACGACAGUGCCAUGAAGCGGCAGAGCGUGCCCGAAAAUGUGGUCGUGUUAACUUAAGCGAAAGCCAGUUUAAUGAGGUACAACAAUACUGCGACAUGAUUGAAAACAUUUUCUUCCUACGACGUCAAUCAGCAGUGAGCGUGAGUAUUAGCAAGAAGCGCCACGUGAACAGCAAUGUUAUCAGUGAUGAUGACGAUCAGUUAGGUAGCAAUAACGAUACUGAGAGCGACUCGCAGCUGCACUUUAACAUUCAACAACAGCUUACUUCUGCUCCUGCAGCUUCUAAUUUUCUUAAAUGUAAUCCUGAUAAGCACUCUUCAGUGAGAUAUAUUAAAGAUGGUCCUACUAUUUUAACUGAAUACGGAAAAUUAACUACAGCUGGAAAAGGUCUGACUAGCGAAAAUAAAUGCCAGAAACGAUUGCGUCCCAGUGAUCUUGAAAUUAAAACUGCUCAGAAAAAGCUAAAAUACCAAAAGCUAAUAAACUCUACCACCGUAUUAACUGAAUUCGAAUCUGUUCUGUUAAAACGAAAUGCGACUGGUAAUGGAGAUUUUGAAUUUCCACGACCAAGUGAUCUGAAAUCGGCAAAUACACGACAUUACGGACCAAAGUGUAAUUUACAUUUACCUGAUCUCUAUCCAGCUAAUGCUGAUAAUUUUAACAGUCUUAAAGCGAAUGCUAAGGAUUUCAAUUUAUCUAAUCGUAUUUAUCAAGUUCUUGAAUCCAGCCCAAUUCCUAAUGAAUCUCCAUCUUCUGCAAAUCAGAAGAUAAGUAAAAUGGCAUCAGCGGUAGUAAGUAUUACGAGUAAGGAUAAAACAAUUUCUGAGUCAUCUCAAGCUACUGAUCCGAAUUACUCUUCCUGUGCUCAAGAAUCUCAAACAAAUACAGUUUUCCAAAAGUUAGAGUGUUAUGCAAAUGAAUUUGUUGAAAAAAUUAUUCACUCAAUAAUAAAAAUGAACGAAAAGCCAAGGAUAUGUUCACGACGCAAUUUGGAGAAAAUUCAGGUCAUGGAUACACCAACUGUUCUCACCUCCAAUAAUUGUCCAAUAUCGAAACAAGAAUUCAUAGUAAAGCUCAAUAAUGGAAGUGGAACUAUUGAUGCAAAACCGGACAGAAUGAACAAGAAUAUAUUAAUUCGAGCGAGAAAAAUUCUGAGGGCAAAUAUAGAUCAGCAAAUUGAAGAUGUUUUUAUGGAAUCUGUAGCAAAAACAACUCCUAUGGGUGUUAUCACCGAUCCAAAUUCUGAUGAUAGGUUAGGAAAACAAAUAUACGAAGGCGGAGGAAUGUCAAACAAGACAAUUGUUGUCGAAGAUCAUGCGGAGAUGCAAUUAAGCCAUAAUUAUAUACCGGGAAGUCUCUGCAAUUUGCAGCAAACAUUUGAAAGCAUUGCUAGUUCUGACCUGUCUCUAAUAACAGCACCUCGAGCUAAAUUAACAACUUCAGUGGCAGUGAAACCCAUCACAAUCAUUGGUUUCUCAAAUUUAAUUGAUUCAAGCAAUAAAUUGACCCGAGAUAAAAAAAAAUUGGAAACUGAAUCAGCAGCUGAUGCACUAGAGGAAUUGAAGAAAAAAGAAAUACGCAAGUUGUUUGCGGGUAAGCUUAAAAUAGAAACUUACAUGGUACCAGGUCAUUCCAUUAAGUUUGGAAAUUUUUGGGAAGAGCUUCAGGAACUGAAAGGAAACAAGCAGCAGCAAUUAUCAACGGCAACCAAAACAAUACUUAUGGUCACUGCUGCAAAAAUUGUGUUAAAACAGACGAUGAAUCAAGCUGGUCCGGAUUACGUAAUGCAAAAACUGGAUGACACAAAGAGAAAGUUUACUGUCACUCAAAGCAAGUUCCUUGCCAGUAAGGGAAAUGUGUUUUCCGGAACAGAUAAAAAUGUAUCCAGCGUUAUAUGGGCAAGCAACGAAACUAUCUCGUCAGCUACAAAAAUUAAUCAGAAAUUGCAAACUGCGAUGACUAAUCACUUCGACUCAUCACUGGAUAAUACACCUAUGCAAAAAUCGAAUACUGACGAAAUAUGUUUGACGGAAAUCAUUCUAGAUGAGACCAGGAAUUUCACUAAAGUUUCGGAAAAUUCCCAUACAAAUCGAAUAAAAUCCCAAAAUGAACCUUUGAGUAAAGAAAUACUUUUUGAAAAAUACGCGAACUUUGAACCCCCAUUAUGCAAGUUGCAAAGAGUUCCUGAAUUUGAUGCAAUGCCUUUAUUCAGGGAACAUUUGCAGUCAAAUUCCAGAGUGCCAUUUCAAAAGUUUCUGAUUGAGUCAAUGAUUCCAGAUCAAAUAAGGCAUCAGGAGUAUAUAUCUGACUCAAAAAAAGAGAUACAAGGAGUGAGCAAAGAAGUGGAUAAUUGUGAAGCAAUUUUAAAUUUUCCAGUUAUGGUAUAUUCCGCUUUUAGGAAAACAAAAUUAAGAACUGUUGAAUCAAUUGAUGUUAGCACAACCCAAAUAAAACGAAUUGCAAAACCGGAUUUCCAGCAGCCAGGUCAAGCUUUCGAAAUACCUUCGAUAUCCUCAUCGUCACAGAUCACUAGAAUCAAUUCAGAAAACACCACUCCAUCGAUAACUAACCAGGAACCAGUAAUAACUGAAUUUGAAAUCAACGAAUAUAUCGGAUCGGAACAGAAAAUCGAAAAAAAAUGUGACGGGGUAAAAUCAGAAUUAAUCUUGAAAGAAAUUGUUGAGAAGAAGGAAUUCUCUUUCACAAGAAAUAUCAAUCAAUAUCAUGAAAAGAAAGAAAUACAACUGGAUACAUUCGUAAUUGCUCCGGAAAUACAACAAAUAAGCUUGCACAGACCACAAAUUGCGCCACCAUGUCCGCCGCUUCGACAAAAAUUGAAUAAGCCAACAUCUAUUUUCUCAAAGCCAUUGUUGCCGCGUGGAUAUAAGCAUUUAGUUGUGGCGGAGAAACCUUUUGAAGCCAAAAAAGGCUUUACAAAAUGCGAUAGUAAGAAUACUAGUUUUGUUGCAUCAGCAAAUAGUUGUCAGGAACUACUCGGUGUAUCUGAAGAAAGGGCUUCUGAAGAUGAGAAGUGUCAAACUCUUGUCUACUGCGAGGAAAAGCACAGCACUAUCUAUGAUCUGGAAAAUAAAUUACUAACCAUUAGAAAGGAGAGUAGUGAACAAUUACAUGAGAAUCAGGAGACAUCUGCACCACUGGAAGUCAUCCAGAUGCCACAUUUUGAUGCAAAGGCGGAAUUCGACAAGAGGCUCUCAGUCAAAAAGAGUCACUGUGGAGAAGUGCCGGUUAUUGUGAAAAACGCAACCUUAAAAUCAGACAGUAAAUUACGACUAUUGAAAUGUUUAACUAAUAAUUCAUUAAUUCCUCCCACGUUGAGGUUAAAUGUCAACGAGAAACCAGACUUCAAUUUUAUGAUUAAAAAUAAGUGA